AUUUUCAAACCUCCCGACUGGUGCAUUUGGAUUUUAUUUUAUUGUCAGUCGCAAAUAUGGUUGUAAACUGAACUUGAAACUAACUCAACUUAAAUACUCAUCAUUUGGUUGGAUUUAGUGUUUGAAAUGUGAUACUUUGCAUUGACUACUGACGAGACAACUGGCGUGGAGUUAAUUCAAUUUAUUUUAUAAAGCGUACUGGCUUAUCAACUGAAUCUAUUACUACAUACUGUAAAAGGCGAUCUUUACCAGCUGCAUACUGCUUUAAUAAUACUCAAACCCGACAAAGUAACAUAUACACUGCUAUGCUCCGCAUGAUUCAUAGCUGGCCUGCUAAAAGAUGCCUCAGUGGAUCAAGCUAUUCCUUGAGAGGGAAAGACCCUAAGACAGCGUCACUUAGGAUUAAAAAGCGCCAGAAAUGUGUAACUUUUCGAAAAUCCUGUCACAAAUCAACAGUGCUGCCAUCACUCACAAAACCAAGAGCGCGACAAAUCCACAAAGCGCCUAUCCCGGAAUCUCAAAAUAUGACUAACCAGAAUUUGUCGGGUGAUAUAAAUAUUCAGGUCCCUUUAGAUUGUCUUCAUAAAUCAUCUCAUAUGGUAAUUCACCAUAGCUUCAGAGACUCUUCAAAUUUAUCCUCACCGUUGUGUAUUUCCGAUUCCUCUUCUGAAAUUGCUAACCAAGAGUUAUUUCAUAAUUGCCAAAAUCUUCACGAUGUUUCAGAAAAUGAUCAUGUAUUAUCAGAGCUACAGAGUACAUCGAAAACGGAAUCUGUGGGAAUAAGUGCAAACAAUUACCUAUCUAUAAAACCAAGCUCAAAUGUUGCGCUUACUGAGUGCACUGAACAAUUUUCUUCAAAUUUGAUUAGUAAUUCAAAUCAACAAAUCGAUUCAUUUGAUAAUAUAGAGCCUCAUUUAUUCAGUAAAGUCGGAUUUAGCGGCGCAAACGAAACUACACAACAUUCAGACGAGGAAAGCGAACCAAGUGAUUCUUCGUCUUCCAUCGCUCCUCCCCAAGAACUUUCUACAGAAAUCUCUGCAAUCGAGGAGUGCGAUGAUGCGGAUUUCGAAGAAGUUGAUGCAUAUGCCUUUAUACGCAGUCUCCCGCCACUGCCUGCUGAUAUUAUCUGUCGUCCACCAGCGCUACCGAAAAAAACUCGCUCCUCUCCAGAGUUCUGCUUAGUCCUUGAUUUAGAUGAAACUUUGGUUCACUGCAGUCUUAAUCCUCUUCUGGAUGCACAGUUUAUUUUUCAAGUUGUCUUUCAGGGUGUUGUCUACAUGGUAUACGUUCGAAUUCGACCACACUUAUACGAAUUUCUUUCCAAUGUUUCUGAAUAUUUCGAGGUUGUGCUUUUUACAGCCAGCACAAAAGUAUACGCUGAUCGUCUUGUUAACUUGAUUGAUCCCAAAAAGAAAUGGAUCAAGCAUAGAUUAUUCCGUGAACACUGUGUCUGUGUGAAUGGUAACUACGUCAAAGACUUACGAGUCCUAGGUCGGGACCUCCGCAAGACUGUGAUUAUUGACAAUUCUCCGCAGGCAUUCGGUUAUCAGUUGGAUAAUGGUGUUCCAAUCGAGAGUUGGUUUGUGGAUUCAAAUGAUUGUGAGCUUCUUAAGCUUAUUCCAUUUUUGAAAGAAAUAACUAAAGCCGAUGAUGUUAGACCACUGAUAGUUGAUCGAUUCCGGUUACAUGAAAAAGUUUUGGCAGCUUCUCUUACAUCGCCCGAUGUUCAGAAUUGACACACACUUCUGUUUGGUUGCAAUUUAUAUACUUGAAACGACAAAUUGUUUUUGUUAAGCAGCAGUUAUUUAUUUUCUAUUUCUCUUGAACAAAGCUUCCUUUAAAUUGCUUUUGAUUAUUCCGAGAAAUCUUCUUUAUAUUUAGAAUUACAGAAAUCUUUUUUUUUAUCUCUCUCUCUCUCUCGCUCGUUAUAACUUAUCUUUUAAAAUAUCUAUUAAAAUAGAGAGUAAUCAUUUCACAGCUGACAUGAACACACAAUCCCUCAAUAUACUGGCAGCAUUUAUAUAUGCUGUAUAAAUUUGAUAAUAUUCACAUUAUAAACUGUUUUCAUUCAAUCAUGUAUGCAAUCAUCAAACAUAAUUGGAUAUAAUUUUCUUUUAAUUAUCAUUUCUGACAUCGAACAUUAACUUUUUUCUAUUGUUAUACUCAUCAUCAAAAAAAUCAUCAUCAUCAUCAUCAAUAUAUCGCUUAUUUUAAUCGACAUAAUUUGCAAUAUUAUUAUUAUUAUCAUUACUAUCAUUAUUACAAAAUUAUUAUCACUUUCCAUAUAUAUUAUAUUCAUCAAGAUUUAUGACUUGAUAUCUCUACUACUGCUUACUACUAUACGCAUUCAUUAUUUACAAAGAAUUGUAUAUUCUCCUGCUUUUUUUUUCUUAUUUCUUGUCAACAUUUGCAUUUACGAAUUAUAUAUAUAUAUAUAUAUAUAUACAUUAAAUAUCACUACUGAUAAAUAUAAUUCUUAUAAUCAUAUAAUUUACUUGUGUACAGAGAGAUGUAUACGUAUACAUGUUUCUUCACUGUUUUUCUCAUCAAUCAUUUUUUUUUGAUUGUAAUCAAUAAACAAAAAAGACUGAAUCAUGUAUUUUUAUUCUGUCAUCCGUUAAUUUUGAGAACUUCAUUUUAUUCCUAUUCACUGGCAAAAUUUUUUCCAUCCUUAUCUAUCUAUCUAUCUAUCUGCCUUUGAAACUGGUGAACAUAACAUUAGUAUACUGGUCCUUAAAUUUUUUUUUUGAAUAUUCUUCUAGGCGAUACGAUAGAUACUUUGGUCAAUCUUGUUGUUUUUAGUACUUUGUUUUACUUUCGUUCGACUGUCCAUUUCAAUUGCUGUUAUCACGAAUCCUUUAGAUAUUUUGUCCUUUUUUUUUCGUUGUGCAUUGCAUUUUUACAGUUGGAACUUCAUAUUUUUAGCGUUCAUGAAUAAGUUUUACGGAUAUUACCAGUUUUUUUUUCCCCAGUUUCUGGAUGUCUGCUGUGUGGUGUACAGAAAAUUAAAUCUUGCAUUUUUGAAAGGAAGUAUAUUUCUUUCGCCUUUGAUCUGUCUCCAAACGGCAUAUAGUUUACUUUGUGCGUCUUUUUGUUAUUGUCAAGGAUUUACUUUUAAGAUUGUAAAUCCCUUGUUUAUCUCUAUCUAUUUACUACACGGUUUAAACGCAUCGUAUUACUAAUUUUAAUAAAACAUAUAUUUGGUACUCUUAAAUUCUCAACUUGCAAACACUUAACAACAUGGUUAUUGUACUUCUUAUAUUAGAUUUUUAUAAUGCUAUAAACAUCGCUCGAUUUGA